UGGAGACUGGAAGUAAACCAACUAAUGCAAAUGAUUAUCUCUCAGAGUUGUCAGGAUUAAUCAUAUCUCAAACGAGAAAUGCCAAUAAAGAUAAUACAAAAAAAGAUAUUUAUUUUAAGGAUAUAUUUAAAGGUGAAUAUAUUUCAAAGCUCUUGGAAAUUCCAGAGGCAUUAGAAGAAUUAAAGAAACACAUGCCCGAAGGAUAUCAAAGCAAAGAAGAUAUUAUAGAUGUCAUUAACAGCAGAGCAUUAAAUCCAAACUUAAAAGCUUUAGAUAUGUCUCUACCUGCACAUUUAAAUUUUGUUUUAGCUUCAUUAAAUUUAACACCUCAAGAAGGAGAAGUAAAUGAUGCUAUGGAAUAUAUUGUUGAUGCCCUGGAAAAAAAAUAUACGAAGGAAGAGAAUAAUUAA